AUGGCUCUCGCCGUCCCCCGACCACGCGUACUGACGACCAUGCCGUCGUCCGGCCCUGCCUCCACCUCAGACUCGGGCUAUCGCAUCAUUAUCUCCCCCUCUGAGCCCCCCUGCUCCAACCGUGACGCCCGCAUCUACGAAGGAAACACGAGCACGAUGUCCCUUUCUCAGGCAGAAAGCGACGAGGACGAGGACACUCCGAUAAGUCCCAUAACGUUCGGCGCGAACGAGGCGUAUGAGCGCUCCAGGCUCUCCUUCGUGCCCCCCUUCCCCCGCCCUUCAUCCACCCCUUCGACGCCUCUGAGCGCGAACCACCCCUCCCCUGUUUCUCCUGUCAUCUUCACCCAACUCAACUCCAGCAGCCCCUCUCUCGCCUAUGCACCUCCUCCAGUCUUCCCCAGCGCCGGCACCCUCUCCCUCGCCAUGCGUCUCAAGCGCCCCCUCCCCCCGCUUCCUCCCGACGCUGGCAUGGACGACGACACGGACGAUGCGGACACCAGACCGUUGAUGCGCUCAAUCGCCGUCUCGCGGUCCACCUCCAUGAAGAAGUUCCUCCCGCGCAACGCAGGGAGCAGCAGGUGGCAUACCUCCCCAUCCAGCAGCGAUGAACGCGACAGUGACAGCAGCCCUGGCUUCUCGCCCGCAGCGUCCUCCCAAUCCCCCUCGACAUCGGUCUAUACCACCGCCUCGUCCGACUCGGCGGGCUCCAUCCACGUCCUCGACGGCUUUCGCACCGCGCCCACCCUGUACGACGCCGCCGCGUACGACCCCAAGCCCCGCUUCCCCCCGCUCACCAUCCCCGCGCGCUCCGCCUCCGUCCCGGUCCAGAUGCCUGCUGCAGUUGCAGCAGCCGCCAUCAUCGGCCAGCCCAUCGUCGUCCGCCACCCGAGCCCAUCGAUCGCGGUCACUCCAGCGUCCCCGGGGGCCGCCCAAAACUUCCCCUCCUUCGGCUACAAGCAGCGCUCGGCGUCAUCGACGUCCAUCGUCCUCGCCUCGCCCUACAGCCCCCCACCCCUGGUGCUCGACGAGCACGCGUACACGAGCGAGCCGAUGACGUUCGCCCCACUGCACUCCCCCACCUCCCCGCCCCCGCCCCUGUCUCUCCACGACCAGACCCAGGCACAAGUAGAUCGCGACCUCGUCCCGCUCCGGACGGACAGCCUCCCCCCGCGCGCGGCCUCGCCCGCGCCCUCGCUCUCGCCCUCGGUCGCGUCCGGCCGCUCCCUCGCCAAGGCGAGCACGCAGACCCUGCGGCGCAUCGCGUCCCGCACGCGCCUCUUCGGCCGCCGCACGCUCUCGUCCGCGUCGGAACCCGCGUGGACCGGCGACGCGGGCGGCGCGGAGUCGGUCGCGGACGAGCACAACUCGCACUCGCUCGACGAGAGCCGGCUCGGCACCGGCUCGAGCUCGUCCUCGCGCCGCCCGAGCUUCGAGUCGAUCGCGGAGGCGGCGCAGGCCGCGCCCGCACCCGCACCCGCCGCAGGGACUGGGAGGGGCCCGAUGCGCCUGGAAAUUGCGGAGGCCACGCUCACGUCGCAGGGGGACGUGUGGGAGACGCGGGAGCUGCACGACGUGAUCCCGAAGCUGCGUCUGUUGCGCGUGGCGAGCCGGAACCGGUAG